CGGGCUAAAACCCUACUCCUUCUAAACCCUCCCUCUCUCGGGUCUCCACUGAGUAUACCGAAGGCUGCCUAUUCUUCCUCUGCCCUCUGCCCUCUGCCCUCUGCCUCUCUCUCUCUCUCUCUCUCUCUCUCUCUCUCUCUCUCUCUCUCUCUCUCUCUCUGUGCGCCCGCGGGCGUGAGUUUUGGAGCCAUGAACAGGGUAGUUGCAGCCUUUGCUUCUUCGGUCAGGACCUCUAAUUCCAAGAAACUCAUAUGCAGUAGGAUCAUAUGUAGUAGAAAUUAUGUUGCCAAGGACAUCAACUUUGGAAUUGGGGCCCGGGCAGCCAUGCUUCAGGGUGUUAAUGAGCUUGCAGAAGCUGUAAAAGUCACGAUGGGGCCUAAGGGUCGCAACGUAAUUAUUGAGAAAAGUCAUGGCAAUCCCAAGGUCACAAAGGAUGGUGUUACUGUUGCCAAAAGCAUCAAAUUCAAGGAAAAAGAAAAAAAUAUUGGUGCUGAUCUUGUAAAGCAGGUUGCUCGUGCUACUAAUUCUGCUGCUGGAGAUGGUACAACUUGUGCAACUGUCCUGACUCAGGCAAUAAUCACUGAAGGCUGCAAGUCAGUAGCUGCUGGAGCAAAUGUAAUGGAUUUGCGUAGUGGUAUUAAUAUGGCAGUUGAUGCUGUUAUCUCUGAGUUGAAGAGCAGAGCAGUUAUGAUAAGUACGCCUGAAGAAAUUACACAGGUUGCCACAAUCUCUGCAAAUGGCGAACAUGAAAUUGGAGAAUUGAUAGCAAGAGCAAUGGAGAAAGUUGGAAAGGAAGGAGUCAUUACUGUUGCUGAUGGAAACACUUUGGACAAUGAAUUGGAAGUGGUGGAAGGAAUGAAGCUAGGGAGGGGUUAUAUAUCUCCUUAUUUUAUUACAGAUGGGAAGGCCCAAAAAUGUGAGCUGGAGAAUCCCCUUAUCCUUAUCCAUGAUAAGAAAAUUUCAGACAUGAACUCACUAGUGAAAAUAUUGGAGUUGGCUGUACAGAAAAAUAGAGCGCUUCUAAUAGUGGCUGAGGAUUUGGAGAGUGAUGUGCUAGCAAUGCUUGUUCUCAACAAACACCGAGCUGGGGUUAAGGUUUGUGCCAUUAAAGCUCCUGGUUUUGGUGAAAGCAGAAGAGCAAAUUUGGAUGAUCUUGCUAUUCUUACUGGAGGAGAGGUUAUCUCUGAAGAUCGUGGUUUGAGCCUUGACAAAGUCCAUGUUGGAAUUCUUGGUGCUGCCAAAAAUGUCACCAUCUCAGUUGAUGACACUAUUAUUUUACAUGGUGGUGGAGACAGGAAGCUGAUUGAAGAAAGGUGUGAGCAGCUCAGGACAUCGAUGGAGACUAGUGCUGCCACGUUUGACAAGGAAAAAGCACAGGAGCGUUUGUCAAAGCUAUCUGGUGGUGUUGCUGUUUUCAAGGUUGGAGGUGCUAGUGAAGCAGAAGUUGGAGAAAGGAAAGAUAGGGUCACAGAUGCUUUGAAUGCCACAAGAGCAGCUGUGGAAGAGGGUAUUGUUCCAGGUGGUGGUGUUUCUCUGCUUUAUGCUGCAAAAGUUCUGGAGAACCUUCAAACUUCAAAUGAUGACCAGAAAAGAGGAGUCCAAAUAAUUCAGGAUGCUCUUAAGGCUCCCACAUUCACUAUAGUUUCAAAUGCUGGUGUGGAUGGUGCUUUAGUCCUUAGCAAACUGUUGGAACAAGAUGAUAAUAGUUUGGGUUAUGAUGCCGCCAAAGGUGCAUAUGUUGACAUGGUGAAAGCUGGAAUUAUAGACCCUCUUAAGGUUGUUAGAACAGCCUUGGUAGAUGCUGCAAGUGUCUCAUUGCUAUUGACAACGACAGAGGCAGCCGUUGUGGAAUGCCCAGGUGAGAAAAAUCCAGCUGCUAACCGCGUGCCGGAUAUGGAUGAUUUAUACUGAUUUUGAGUGAAUGAAGUCAUUUUUGAGUUUGGGGCAGGCUUUGCUGGAGAGGAAACAUACCGAUGUUUUUAUUCCUUAUUGGGUUGUUGUUCUUUGCGAGAGUUGUUACAAUGUGCAUUUGGGAAAGUCAUAUUUUGAUUCACAUUUACGAUUGUUAUAAAAGAAAUAUUGUUAUUUUUAGCUGGGAACGAAAUGAUGUGUUUUGAUGCACAAACUGAUGCCAUUUUAUUUCAAAUACAUGAGCAGACUGUUGAGAUUGAA